UAACAAGAGUAGCUAGAGGAGUAGGGACUGAAGGAAAAUUAGGUGUUCAAGCCCAAGUUAAGUAUGUAAAAGGAACCUGGAAAGAAAUCACAUCUAAUGUCAAUACCAUGGCAGCAAAUUUAACUUCUCAAAUACGUGAAUUUGCACAAAUUUCUGCUGCUGCAAUUGAUGGAGAUUUUACUCAAAUUAUUACUGUUGAUGCAUCUGGUAAAAUGAAUCCACUUAAAACUAAAAUAAAUCAAAUGUUACAUAAUUUAAGAGAGAAUCUUCAAAAAAAUAAUGCUGCAAGAGAAGCAGCUGAAUUAGCUAAUAGAAAAAAUAGAGAGCUUUUUGUAAAUAUAUCACAUGGGAUUCGCACUCCUGUAAAUGGUAUUGUAGGAAUGACAACUUUGACACUUGAAACAGAGUUAACACAUCAACAAUGUGAAAAUUUAACAAUAGUUAAUUCUUUAGCUAAUUCAUUAUUGACACUUAUUGAUGAUAUCUCAGAUAUUUCAAGGAUUGAGGCUGGAUAUAUGACAAUUGAACAAAUUUCAUUUUCACUUCAUUCUGCUGUAUUUGGUGUUUUAAAAACUCUUGCCAUUAAAGCAACUCAAAAGAAACUGGAUCUUAUAUAUGAUGUGAAUAAUGGUAUACCUGAUCAAUUGAUUGGUGAUCCCUUACACUUAAGACAAGUCAUAACAAAUCUUAUAAGGAAUGCUACAAAAUUUACAAAUGAAGGACAAGUGAUGCUUUCUGUAGAUACAUCAGAAGCAGAAGGUAAUCAAGUACUUUUGACAUUCUGCAUAAAGGAUACUGGUAUAGGAAUUCAAGCAGACAAAAUUGGAUAUAUUUUUGACACUUUUUCUCAAAUUGAUGGAUCUACAGCAAAAAAAUGUGGGGGAACUGGAUUAGGACUUUCAAUAUCCAGAUGCUUAGUUAACUUGUUGGGUGGUAAUUUAUGGGUCAAGAGUGAGUUUGAUAAAGGUCCUGAAUUCUUUUUCACAGUCAAAGUCAGACCUGCUACAACAAAUCAGGAACAAAUUGAACAAAAAAUGUUACCAUGGCAAGGACAUUAUAUAUUAUUUAUUGAUACAUUACAUGACAAAACAGGAGUUGUUAAUAUGAUUGAAACAUUAGGGCUUAAACCAAAAAUUGUAAAUUCAGUUGAAGAAGCGGCUAUUAUCACAGCAUCUGGAAAAUCAGAUGCACCUUUGUUUGAUACAGUAAUAGUUGAUGAUUUAACUAUAGUUGAAAGGUUACGAAAAAUAACAUAUCUCAGAUAUAUUCCAAUUGUAUUAUUAGCACCUGCAAUACCAGAACUAAACAUAAAGAGUUGUAUAGAUCUUGGCAUUAGUUCAUAUAGUAGUACACCAUCAACUUUACCUGAUUUGAUGAAUGCUUUUUUGCUUGCACUUGAGUCUAAAUCUUCAAUACCAAUUGAUUGUACAAGAAAACAGCCUUUGAAUAUUUUAGUGGCUGGAGAUAAUGUAGUAAAUCAAAAAUUGAUUGUAAAAAUUUUAGGGAAAUUUGGUCAUAAAGUAGAAAUAGUUGCUAAUGGACAAUUGGCUGUUGAAGCCUUUAAAUCCAAAAGACAUGAUUUGAUUUUAAUGGAUAUUCAGAUGCCUAUAAUGGAUGGUUUUGAAGCAACACAACACAUUCGUCAUUAUGAAUGUCACAAUGGUGGUCAUGUUCCAAUAAUUGCAUUAGCAGUUCAUGCAAUGAUAGGAGAUCGAGAAAAAUGCCUUGAUUCAGGAAUGGAUGAAUAUUUGACUAAACCAUUAAGUAAAUAA